CACCCAACCCAGACGGAUGCUUGCCCCCCUCCUACAAAAUGGUACGCUCCGUUGCCUAGGUGCUCGUGGAAGCCAGUUCACUUCGCUUCGUUUUUGCACGCACAACGUCACCCGCUUGCUUAAGUUAGUUGUCGCUGAAUGCAACGAUGAGGCGUAAAAGGGAUUUUAAAGAUAACUUUGGCACAUGACAUCCAACUGACGUGCGAGGACUAAUCGUCAUCUAGAACCCCUCCAACCACAGAAGCCAGGCUCCAUCCCUGCCAGAUGCUGUUCCAUACAACUUAAUGUGUCAUCAUGGACCACGAAGAGGUGCAUACAGAGCUGGACCAGAUAUCCGCACGGCUCCAGCAGGAUGGGUUGCUUCCGGAGGCUAGUCCCGAAGAGCGCCAGUGCCACCUUUGGCGGCGGCUCCUGGACACUGAAGCGGAGCUGCAUCAGUCUUCGCAGGAGCUGUGUACUUUGCGCUCCCAGCAGGCCAACGAGAUGAAGGAGGUUGACAGCUAUGUAGAGCAUAUCCGUGGCCUGCUGCAACAGCGUGAGUGCAUAACUGCUGACUAUGAAAGAGACAAUGAACAACUGCAAAAAGAGCUCCACCGCAUCAGACAACAACAAGAGAUUCAGAGCAAGGAGCUGGCAGAGAUGUUGGCACAGGAAGACCUUGGGGAGAUGGGCUUGAGCAGCCCCAGUGAGCAGGUAGCUUACCUACUGGUGGAGAGGGCAACACUCCUGGAGAGGCUUGAGGCUGCUGAGAGAAGACUGGAGAGGCAGAGCUUGUCUGGCAAUGUAAGGGAUGUCCAGAUACAGCAGGGUCCAUCCCAGACUCCUUGGAAGAAGCUGUUUGGGCUGCGCAAGUCUGCUCAGAACAAAAACAAUAUUACCCCUGCACACAAUGAGGAGCUGUCUCGUGAGCAUAAUGAACGCCGGCGGCUGGAGCGUGACUUGGAAGAGGCGUCAAGCAGGCUAGAGAUGGCUCAUCAGGAAAUCCGAAGGCUCAACAAUGAGCUGGACGUGGCCAAAAGCAACAGCCUAGACCCCUGUGGGUCUGAGCUUCAGGAAACACUCCAAGAACUAGACAUUCUGAAGAGAGAAGUGGACAAACUAAAGCAGUGCGAUAUGAUGAAACUUCAGCAGGCCAAAGACGAAAGAGACAGACUAGACGUUGACAACCAAAGUCUCAGGGAGAUGGUGUCCUCUUUAGAGUCUGAAAAGAAAAAGCUUCUCGUGCAGUUGGAAACAAGGCACAUCAACAAAGAUGCUUCCUUAAAAGAGGAUGGGAGGCAAAACGGCAGGUGCAGUGAGCUGCACAUGUCUGGCAUUUCAACCAAAGAUUCUGAUCCAACUCACAAACGCUGUCAUGCAGCGAUCGAGGACAAACAAGUACAGGUGAGAGAGCUGGAGCGUCAACUCCAAAGGCUACGCAAGGAGCAGGAGGAGCUGGAGGAGAGGAAUGAGGAGCUGGAGGCUCUACUCGGCGAGGCCCAGAAUGCCAGCAAGGAGGAGAGGCUUCGCCAUGACGGAGAUCUGGAGGGACUACGUCGACGGAUCAAAAACCUUGAGGGAGAGCUGAAGAAGCGGGAAACUCAAGAAAAGCUCUUAAAGAAUGGCGAAGAGGUCAAAAGCACAGAGUCCUUCUUGCAGCUGCACCUACGGGACAGUGGCCCAGAGAGAGUGGCUUUACUGGAAGCUCGACUGACUGAGGAGAAGGACUGGAGGAAACAACUCGAGCUGGACCUCAGUGCUGCUCAGGCUGCCUUAAAAAAAGACAAAGAGGCUUUGCAGAUUGGUGAGAGAGAGCUGAAGAAGCUAAGACUUGAAGUUAACAGUCUCACGACUGAGUGCCAACAAGGGAAAACCCUCAUCAAGGGGCUCAACCAAGUCAAGGGGGAAAAGGCAGUUCUGGAGGAGAAGUUAGCCCAGAUGGAGCGAGCUCACCGUCGACUUCAGAGUGAGUUGGAGCGUCACAAAGAUGCUAAUCACACCCAAAAGAACCUCCGGGAUAACAGAAUACAGGUGGACCAGCUGCAGGAGCAGGCUGAACAGCUGACCAACCAACUAAUCAGCCUUCAGAAAGAACACAGCACACUCAGGAAUGAAAUGGCCUCUGAGCAGCGGCAGGUGGUAGAGCUUCAGGCCAAACUGAGCAACAGCAUCCAGAAGAAGCUGGAGGUUGAAGAGGAAAGAGUGAAACUGCAGCUUGAGAUACAGCACCUCAAAGAGCAGCUCCAGCAGCAUCAGGGACAACUCUGUUUGGAUAAUGAAACACUUUGCGGCAACCUGAAGUCACUUCAAUCAGAGUCAGCUUUCGGUCCAGUGGAGAAGACCAACGAGAAACACUUGGAUCAGUCCCUGGGCAUAGUCCUGAGUCAGAAGGCAGAAGAGGCUAAACAUUUGAAGCAGGACCUGCAAAGGGUACAAAGUCUGUUCACCUCUGCAGAACGAGAACUGCGCUACGAAAAGGAGAAGAACUUGGACUUGAAGAGGCACAACACCCUGCUGGACAAUGAAAAACUCAAGAUUUCUGCAGAGCUGAACCAGGCACAGACAAAGCUGGCCCAGGUGGAGCAGAGUCUUCACACUCAGAUGGCUGCAUCAGAACGUCAGCAACAAAGAAUCAGAGAGUUGGAGGUGGAGCUGGCACGCAAUUCAGCUAAUCGCAGCGUCGCCAAAAGUCUGCAAGAAGAACUGCAGGCUGAGAGAGCAAAGGUCAUUACUGCUGACAAAAAGGUGGUGGAGCUGCAGCAACAGCUCAAGACUACACAACACCGGCUGCACAUGGAGGAAGCUCGAUCCAGCGAGAGCAGCCGCCUGGAACAGGACAGCAAAGAUCUGUCUGACACUUUGGCCUCCUUGAGAGCCCAGCAGCAGGAGGACCACAUCAAAAGGAAGCUCUUAGAGCAGCGUGAGGAGGAGCUCCAGCACCAGGUACAUUCCCUGAGGUUGAAGGAGGCCUCGCUCACCAGAACCAAUGCCGAGCUCAGCCACCGAGCACAACAGAUGGAGGCAGAACUUAAUAAAGCCCGAGAGGAGAUAAAAGAUUAUCAAGCCUCUUGUCGCAGACUGAAGGAUGAUCUAGCGGCCAGUCAGCUAGAUUGUGACAGAAUGCAGGGAGAGCUCAAGCAAGUUUUCCUGCAAUUGAGUACAUACGUCAGGAAGUACGAUGAAAAACAGAGUAGACACAAGAGCAAACUACAUCAAGCCAAGCAGGUCUUUCUCCAAGCCACUGCACAGCGGGACAACACCAUCCAGAAACUUGAGAAUGACUUAGCCCUGGCCACCAGUCUCUUGAACAAGGAAAAGGAGAACAUCCAUAGUGUAAUGGAGGAAAAUGAGAAGCUUCUGGAAGAGAGGAGGAGGCUCUUGCUGAAGAUAAGUGAGGCGGAGGAACUGGGCAGCAAUGGCAUGAGGGCAGCAUCCACUGUCCAACAUAGGGUGAUUGUCUUAGAGGCAGAAAACGGGCGACUGCAGGAUCAAACUCUAAGGCUAUCCAGUCAGGUCAGUUCCUUGGAGCGUGCCUUGAGGAAUGCCCAGUCCUUCAACAGCAAUGAGAAUUCCAAGAAGAUUUUUUGUGACAGCAUCAUGCAAACUUCAAAUUUAAGCCUCACGUCCAGUACCUAUGACCCUUGGGAGUUAUUGGACGCAAUCUCCCGCACCAAAUGUCAGCAUAUGUCGGAAGGCACGCGAACAUCUGUCUCCACGCAGCAGCCAUCAGAACAAGGCUACCUGAACCUCGUCUCCCCAUUGCUCCCUCCUGAUGCUAUCCUGGGAAGUCCAAAUAGCAGUGAUGACACAUGAGGCACCAGAACCUCAUGACGCAAAGACAAAGGGACAAAAGUAGGGGUUCACUGAUCACAAUUGUUUGCCCAUCACCCACCCAUCUUUACAAUGCUUGACCUGUUGAUCCUGAUUUUGUUUUUGCAAAAUGAAAAGCCCAUUAGUAAUCGCACAGGAGAAGACAGUAGCUGACUUUUUCCAUACCUCUGCAGAGGGAGAUGAGAUUGAUGGAGAAGAUCAGAUUUAUUUUAAGGGAUUGGCCGAUUCCCCAAAAUUAAGGAACUCAGCACAGAUUGAUCAGUGCACUCCUAAUCAAAAGACUAUAAUAAUAAAUAAUAAUAAUAAUAUACCAAGAGAAGACUUCCACUGCUUUUAUGGAAAACGGGGAUCAAAAUGGCAGAUUAUGACAAAAGGAAAAUAGGACAAAAUUAUGUCUGGCCAGUGAAUGUUGAAAUGAUAGUACCUGACUGAGAGUUCAAACAGCACUUUACAAAACAGUUCAGUAUGUUUACAUUUAGGGAAAUGUAGCCGUUGUGAAUAAUUUGCAUUUUAACGUUUUUUUUUUUUUUUUAAACCACAAUUUGUAAUUUGGUGAAAUUUUGCCAAUGCAUUUAGUGAUAAUAGUGUUGCAGACACUUUUGCCUGUGUGAUUAUCCAUGUCAUAGGAUGCACUAAGCAGCCACAACAUUCUGCCAACUUACACUGUAUAAUGAUAGUAUAAACAGGAGCUGCAUCAAAUAUUUUGCCUUUACCAAGCGCUGGUGUUUAAUCUAAUUCAUUUGUAGGCUUUAUCAAUGAGGGCUUUUGGACAAAGUGCAUCAUAUCAUUGUCUUAUUUGACCAGUUGCUUAGGGAUAAACAAGGUUAUAUAGAAUAGCUUGGGUGUCGCAGUGCAGUCAAAAAUGCAGGGUGGGAAUUGUCGAGUAGACGACCUACAGCACGCUAUAGGUAAUGUUUCAUUUCGGUUGACACAUUCAGAUUAUGUUGCAUUAAUUUAACAACGUUUUCAGAAUAUUUGACAUAGCUCUUUAUUGUGCAAGUGGUCAUAAUAUUGUGGCUGGAUGAUAACUAUACCAGGUGUCUCUUCACUGUUCAUGCUACUCCAGUAUUAAUGAUGAGAUCAUUUUAAACGUCAAAAGAGGAAGUGAAUGCUGCUGCUUUCAUCUGCCUUGAGUCUCCAAGCACGGUUUGUUCAUUCCCAGGAGACUUUGUGAGAACAAUUGUUAUUUGUAAUUGAACACUAAGUAGGAUCUUUGUUUGAUACAAUGACCAGUUGCAUUUAUUUUAUACAAUAGGUACAGAAGGAACCAGUUUUGGCUUAAAUGUGCCAAAAUGACAAAGUGUGACUUUGUCUUGCUGCUGUGUGUCAAGGUUGAUAAAUAGCAGUGUGUGUAAAAUUCAAAAGAACCUUGACUCAAUGUUUUUUUUUUAUAAACUAUUUUCAUAAAUAAAGAACUUUACACAAAUUGGCUUUUUUCAUCUUGCUCCACAUGUAGUCUCCAUUUCAGACAAAACAAGCAGAUUGCGCUGAAUUUAAAACAGUCUCUUUAUUAAACAAGGUAAAGAUACAAAGCUUUUUUUUUUUUUUAGUUUGAACAUUGUUAACCCAUGGGUUACUUUUCAGUCUUGGUUGUGCAUAUUUAGUUGUCUAGAAACCGUAUAUGAAGCCACAAUGCAAGACAAGAAAAUUUUUAAUAAAUCUACUCAAUAUUUUUUCCAUAAAGAAACUCAGGUUAGACAGUUAUACAGAUUACAGCUCCAUGCAGGAGGGAAGAAGAAAAAGCAAUGUUUACAGGACAGAAUACUGCAGAACACAAUACAGAAUAAUGGAGGUGGGAUGAUAACACAAGUUAAGGCUUACAUGUAAAAUAACAAUAUAAAAGAUUAAUAUACAAAGGUAAUUCCCCAAACAAAACCUAUUUAUGAAACCUUUAAAAAUAGAUAUUAUAAAUGAGUAAUGUGUUAUACAGUACAGCAAAAAUGAACAGCAACAUUCUGCCCAUUAUCUCCAAAGACAGAGAUAAUUAAGUUCAAGAGGCAGGGUUUGUUGUUGGUGUAAAUGUCAAAAGUUGCCCAGGUCAUUGAUUUACUUGAGUCCUGGACUCAGACUUCUUAGUUUACUUUUGUACAUUGUUCGCGUGUUUCCUUCUUGGACGUGACGCCUUGCUAUAGCACCUUUCCUCUAGUGCCUUGAAGGAUACCACGUGCCCUAAUAGUACCAUCAAGAGCUUCAGAAGUAAAACGGAAACAACAAAUACUAUGAUCAGUCGAAAUAAUACUACGCGAGAGAAAACGUAAAUGGCGUCAUGAAUCUUGGCAUGUACAAUACAUUUUAGAAAAUGUUCACCGCACUUCACUUUUUCCGUUUUGUGUUACCUUGUUGAAAAAGAGUGUAAAAAAUCUCACUCCAGUUCAAGUCUGUCAUUGCAAAUUUGCGCACCAAGUAUUUUCCCGCCUAUGGAUCAUGUCAAAACGACUUGAGGUUAAUUAGUGAGCGGAAAAAUGAAGCUUCAACAUUGCUUUGUGAACCAGUUAUAAUUUUUGACUCCUCUAGAUGAAUUUUGGUUACAAAGAAAGGAGUUUAAGAAAUGGUAAGUCAGUGUGCUUUCAGUCCAACAUUGAACAGAGUGCCAGUUUCAAGAGUCAAGAAAUACAACUGGUUCAUGAAGCAAAUAUGAAGCUUCAUUCUCCCAUCACUAGCUGUAAUCGCUCCUCAAGGUCUGUUAACAAUGUACUGAGCAAAGGCUGUGAAUACUUCUUCACUUCUUAGGUAAG